AUGGGUUUGUCUUUUGGUGGUUAUGAGGGUACUGAUAAUAACAGCCCACCUGCUAAUGAGUACGGUACACCUGGGAUUGAUUACAGAACACCUGGUGACGAUUACAACCUUUCAUCUGAGGAAUACAUACCCACAAGUGACCACAGCAUCCCGUCCAAUGAUAAUGUAAUUCAGUCUUAUGAAGUGCCACAGUCUACCAAAUCCAGUACAAGAUCCCAAAAUCACAACCCAGAACCCAAUGACUACAACCAUUUUUCCUACGACCACAGCAUCGAGUCAACCCACAACCUUCAACCUGAGAUACACACCCACCAAUCAAAAAACAACAACAAUAACAACCAUCAUUCAACCGACUACAACCAAGGACCUAGGAACUUCAAGCCACAACCAAACCCUUACAACCCAUCUUCCAUUGGUCAUAAUCUCUGGUCUAGGAAUCAUAACCAUCAACCCAUAAGCUACAACCCAGAAUCCAACGCCAACAGUCACCAAACUAUGAACUACAACCAACAACCCAACGAUUAUACGCCUCAGUCUAGCAACCGCGACCGUCGUCCUAACAACCACAACCUCCAUUCGACCAGUCAAAACCUUCAACUCAAGAAUUACAUCAUCCAGUCAAGUAGUCACGACCACAGCCAAGAAUCUAUCAGCCACGAACCAAAGAACCACAACCAACAGUCCAACAACCAUAACCUUCAUUCAACUAACAACAGUCCCCAGUCCACCAGAAACCAGAACCUCCAGCACAAGAAUAAUUCCCUUCACGACUCCACUCACAACGCAAGACCUAAGAAUCGGGCCUCAACUAGUAGUAAAGGCCCUAGAAUCGUUAUUAUCGAUACCCGACGACCGAAGAAUCUCAGCCUCACUAAUAGCCAAGGACCUCAAUUCGUCCCUAUCACUACCCGAAGACCUAAGAAUCCCAUCCCUACUAAUAGGCAAGGGCCUCAAUUCGUUCGUAUCAACUCCCAGAGACUUAAUAACCCAACCCUAACUGAAAACAAAGGUCCUCAAAUUCACCCUAUCAAUACCCCAAAACUCAAGAACCAGAGACCAACUACCAACCAAGGCCCUAGAUUCACCCCUAUCAGCUCUCCAAGCCUUCAGAACCCUGGACCAACUAACACACAACGUCCUAGAUUCAGUCCUAUCAAUACCCCAAGCCUCAAGAACCCAAGACCAACUACCAACCCAGGCUUUCCAUUCACCCCAAUCAACCCCACCUUCAAGUACGUCCCCAUUGCAAACCCCAAACACCAAGUCAUCAACACGGACUACAGUAGCAUCGGUGGUGGCGGUCCAUCUACCACAGCCUACAGUUUCCCCAUCAGCCAAGGUCGUGGGAGUAGGGCUACCGGCUAUAGCAGUGCUCUUAUGACCACUGGUAGCAAGAAACCAAAUUUCCGCUUUCGUAAGGCUGAUAUCACCUCGCUAAGGAGUUAUAAAGACUACCGGACCCCAACUGCUAAGGCCCCAACCUCGUUUCACCUCUACGACUCUCACAAGACCAAAGAACCAUGCCGUAACGACCAGAGGAAGAUCAACAACGACCUCCAACAAAAAACGGGUGACGACAUCCACACGACCCUCUGGCAGCGUCCGAUCAUCUUCACGGUCACAUUUCAAGCCUCGUCCCACCACUACGACCCUCACAAGACCAAACAACCAUGCCGUCUUCCACCCUACGACCUCACGACCCCCUAG